CAAGCGUUACCUGGACGGACAACUGUACAAGAUGCCGCCCUCCACACGGGAGCAAGGUGAGUACGGGACGCACAUCGUGGGCGGCGGUACCAGGUUCCUGCAGGCGGGCUCGUCGCUGGCUCUGGAGUGUGUGGUGACUCACACUCGUGCCCCGCCCUCUGCCGUCCUCUGGUACCGCGACAACAACCUGCUGGACUAUGACUCACCAAGGGGCGGCAUCUCCCUGCAGGUGGAGAAAGCGGGGCAACAAACCACCUCCAGGCUGCUUCUCUCUUCAGUGCGGGAGACAGACUCAGGAAACUAUACAUGUGUGCCAGUCAGUGUGCCGGUCAGCGCGCCUACAGCCUCCGUCACCGUCCACGUUAGCACAGAGGACGAGCUGCGGGCGGCCGUGCAGCAGGGUGGGCUGAACGGGGCGCGGUGUUCACUCUCUGGCCUGGACUUGCGAGCCAUCUUCCUCCUGGUGGCCGUGGCGUGGCUGGCGGCGGAGACCCUCACCUAGCAGCCCGGUCUACGUUGAGGAUCAGCGGUGUCUGUUUCUCUAUGCCGUUCGGAUCCAUGGCAGCAACGGACGAGACGUGAGGCAACGCUACACACACACACACACACACACACACACACACACACACACACACACACACACACACACACACACACACACACACACACACACACACCAAUAUAUC